AUGACAACCGGUGUUUGGGCCGGAGAACCUGAAAGCGACCUGAGAACUCAGAAGAUACAUCUUGCCAGCCACCUGCUCCUCCUUCUGUCUGGGCUACUGACCCUUUUCCAUGGUCAGCUGUGCCCUGAGCCUGAUGGCCAAGGUUGCACCAACAGCCCCAUCAAGAGGCUCUGGGCCCACGUAAGGGCUCCCCCAACCCCCGCCCCCCUCAAGAUUGCCCCAGGCAAUACUGCCUUUACCUUCCUCAUAUACCACCUGAUGGCUUUCCAACCCCCAGGAUAUAUCUUCUCCCCCCUGAGCAUCCCUGCCACCACCUAUGCCAUGUUGUCCCCGGAGGCCCACUUGCACACAGCCCAGAUCUUAGAAGGUCUGGGCUUCAUCCUCACAGAGGUGUCUGAGUUGGACACCCACCGGGCCUUCCAGCCCCUCCUGCACAAUCUCAACCUCCCGGGCAACAGGCUGGAGAGGCACACGGGCAGCACCUUGCUUCUGAGCCAGGAGCUGGCACUCCUGAGAUUCCUUAAUGUCACCCUGGCCUUCUACAGGUCCAGACUCUUCGGCACCAACUUCCUCAACUCUGUGGGCAUAACCCAUCUUACCAAUGACCAUUUCAAGGAAGAAACUCAAGGGAAGAUUGUGGAUCUGGUCAGUGAGCUUUGCACAGAUAUUGUGAUCAGAGAUUCCAUCAGAGCUCCGUGGGAGAAGCCAUCCAUGCUCUCGAUGGCCACUCGCCAAGACUUCUAUGCUGCUGAGGGUACGGCAAUUGAGGUGCCUAGGAUGCCCAGGGGACAGCACCACAGUCGGCACGACAGGUCCUUGCCCUGCUCGGUGCUGCAGGUGGAUCACAAGGGAAAUGACACGGCCUUUGUCAUCCUUCCUAACUGAGGAGAAAUGAAGCAGACAGAGGAGGUUUUAACUCCAGAGAUGCUAACAAGGUGGAACAACUUGCUCCAGAAGAGGUAUUUUUACAGGAAGCUCGAGAUAGGUUUCCCCAGCUUUUGCAUUUCUGGCUCCUGUACAUUAGAUCAGGUUUUGCCCACUGGCUUCACCGACCUGUUCUCACAGCAGGCUCUGUCCAGCAUCACCAAACAGCGAAACCUGCAGGUGUCCAGACUCGUCUGGUGCUCCCUUUUGAUGGUAUUUUCUACCUACACCCAGAGCAUCCUCUUCUUGGGCAAGGUCGUCAACCCCCUGAAACCACAGCACCCUAGGGCUGGCUCACCUGUUACAAGCAGGAAGAUGUGGCCUGCAGGCCUGGGUGUGCGCAGCCCUGUGUCUGCAGUGGAGAUGCAGAAGAUGCCAAGCGCCCAGGUCAGAAGCUGCUGA